GUUGAACGUAUGCGACUAGAUUAACAUCACCAGAGGCUGCCGAAAUUCCGGAUGCUUCUUCCUUACAAUAAAUCACGAAAUCUGAAUAAAUUAAUGCUGGUGUGACACACAAACAGUGUAUAUUGAAUGACCACCUUUUUAAAGGUCUAAAUACUCGGCAUAAAUCUUGUCGAUCCUUUUAGUAUCUCACUUUUUUGUUCGAUGACCUUGCAUCUUCGGCUACUUUUCGUAUAUCAUGAAAAAGCCGUGUCGUUCUGACGAUCUUCGCGAGAAGUAUUUGGAGAGAAAUAACAAACAAAACAGCAUCCAAAGUACUUUUAUGCAUUCAGGACAUUAUCAAACUGCAUAUAACUGGGAGGAUGAAAAGAACAGGACGAAAGACUUUUACGAUGAUGGAACCUCCACGUUUUUCUGGAAUACUCAUACUGUGUUGUGUUUGUUCAUAUUUGCAUGUAUUCUCAUCUACGUUGCCUUGCUAGAAAAUGGCAAUUAUUCUUCCGAAUACAAUAUGAAACGUGGUAUUAGCGCGGUUAUCAUGGUAUUUGUCUUGUUUGGAGUUUUGCAUACACCAGACGGCCCGUUUCUCCGACCACAUCCUGCAUUUUGGCGCUUUAUACUCUGUCUUAGCAUUUUAUAUGAGCUUAUACUAGUCUUCCUGUUAUUUCAAAGUGUAGACGAUGCUCGUCAGUGGUUACGUUACUUAGACUCAGAGCUUGGUAAACCUUUGGAAGAAAAGGAUUAUGGUGGGAAUUGCCGAAUAUACGAUUGGGAUAAACCAGACAAUCCAUGGCACAAUGUCAUCUCAAAAAUGGAUGGUUUCGUGACAGUUCAUUUUGUUGGCUGGUGGGCUAAAACAUUAAUCCUCCGAGAUUAUUGGAUAUGCAACGUCUUAAGUUUUGCUUUUGAAGUAUUAGAAUACUCAUUAGAGCAUCAGUUGCCAAAUUUCUCAGAAUGUUGGUGGGACCAUUGGAUCAUGGAUUUUCUAGGUUGCAACCUUCUCGGAAUUUGGUUAGGCAUGAAAACAAUCAAUUAUUUAAGCAUGAAACCGUAUCAUUGGCGAGGCAUGUGGAAUAUCCCCAGUUACAGAGGCAAACUUCGUAGAGUUAUGUUGCAGUUUACCCCUCGUCGAUGGACUGAUUUCGAUUGGCGUCCGACUGGAAGUCUAAAGAGAUGGUUAGGGACUUUGGUUCUUGCGAUUGCAAUACUUACAGCAGAAUUGAAUACUUUUUACUUGAAAUUCGUACUUUGGGUACCACCUCCUCACUUUUUGUGUCUUGGACGUCUAAUCUUUCUGACCUUGAUGGGAGCCACUGCUAUUCGUGAAUAUUUUGAAUACCUUGAUGAUCCGUAAGUGAAUUCCGUAGAGUAAAAUAAUAGAAUUUUUAUAUUAUUAUUUUUGAAAAGGUCAACACAUAUUUACAGACUUUCAAAAUAUGAACUUUUUCAUAAUCAAGUCAUGAGGACUAGGUAAGAUUAAUAAGGACGUAUAAGGAGCGAUCUCGAGCUUUAAUUGUAUCGAAUUUUAGGAGCAUCUCAACCAAUUAACUUGGCUCCUUAAAGAAUGUAACUGAAGAUUCGUUAGACUCCAUGUAACCAUUAUUUGAUGAGGUUGUACAACCACAGGACGUUUCCCAUCAAAAAAUAGCUUAUCUGUGGUAAUUGAAGAUAAAAUUCUAAGUGAUAAUCAAUGUCAGUUUGGUUGUUUAUCACUGUUGCAGAGUUCCAUACUAGGAUGGCAAAAUAAUAAUUUAGUGCCUCUUAGUUCGAGUGAUAUUUGCGGUUACUUUUUCACGAAUAAGAACAACUAAAAAUGAGAACGGUCUUGAAAAAACUAGUGAAUCUAUUUGAAAUCUACACCUUGAGUUCCGCUGGAAAAUUGUGACUGAUGGAAGAUACACUUGCUGGAAAUAAAACAGUUAUCACUAGCAAUAACACUAGGUGCUGUACCGUGAAUGUAAUAUCACCGGGCUCGCAGACAACUCAAUUGUCCAGUGCCUCCUGCUAACUCAACUGUACCCAACUAUGAUGUAUACUACUCACGAAUUAAGCAAGUCUCCACAAACCAAUUCAACUAAACUUCACACUGUUGCAGGAAGAGAAAAGCUCUUAAAUCUUCUGAUGAUCAAAUCAAACAAUAAAUGCAAACGAUUUGGGAGACAAGCAUGGAUGAUUUCAAGCAUUAUCAUAACUGAAUUCUUGAUAGUAAUGAAGUUUGGUUGGGACAUAAUUACUAAACCAUUCCCCAGGCACAUAUCCAUCUUCUGGUCGUUGGUUUUAAUCGGUUUAAUAUCAUGGACUUUCUGGCACUUUUAUAUUGUACCUUGGUUGUUUCGAUCGAGUCGCGUAUCGAAAACUGGGAAACCAGUAGAAGAAACUAUUCAAAAUCAUCGCCCACAGAAGGUUGAAAGCCCUGUUGUUUAUAGACGUAAUGCUAGGUCAUCAGUAAAGUUGUUAAAUCAUUCAUAGUUUCUUUUCCCUAUCUAUGAAGAUGAUUUUAUCACAUUUUUUAAAUAGGGAAUUUCAGAAAAAAAAAUUGUGACA